AUGUUAUCCGCUCGCUCGCUUGUCAACAGGGGAAUUCUGAGGGGUUCGCAGCUCCGAGGAUAUGCCUCUGCCUCUCCUGCGCCUACUGCCGCUUUUGCUGGACAUAAGGGUAGCAAUGGAAAAUAUGUUGUGACUUUGAUCCCGGGGGAUGGUAUCGGACCGGAGAUUAGCGAAUCGGUCAAGAACAUCUACUCUGCGGCCAAUGUCCCCAUCGACUGGGAGGAGGUUAGCGUGACCCCUGUUCUCAAGGGAGGCAAGACCGUCAUCCCCGAGAGUGCCAUCACUUCUGUGAGGAAAAACACCGUGGCUCUCAAGGGUCCUCUGGCUACGCCUAUUGGAAAGGGUCACGUUUCGCUCAACUUGACGCUCCGCCGAACAUUUAACCUUUUCGCCAACGUACGUCCUUGCGUGUCCAUCCAGGGUUUCAAGACCCCAUACGACGACGUCAACACUGUCUUGAUCCGAGAGAACACGGAAGGGGAAUACUCUGGCAUCGAACACGAGAUUGUGGAUGGAGUUGUUCAGUCUAUAAAACUCAUCACUUGGGACGCGUCCGAGCGUGUCGCUCGCUACGCUUUCCAUUACGCGCAGUCGACUGGCAGGAAGCGUGUGACCGCUGUGCACAAGGCCAACAUCAUGAAAAUGUCGGACGGCAUGUUCUUGUCGGCCUGCCGGCAGGUGUCCAAAGAGUUCCCUGACAUCACUUAUGACGAAGACCUUUUGGAUCGUGUAUGCCUACAGGUGGUGCAAAAUCCUCAACCUUACUCUAACCGCGUGAUGGUGAUGCCAAACUUGUAUGGAGACAUCUUGUCCGAUAUGUGUGCGGGAUUGAUUGGAGGUUUGGGUUUGACACCCUCUGGUAACAUCGGCCGGGAUGCUUCCAUCUUCGAGGCCGUCCACGGCUCUGCUCCCGACAUUGCGGGCAAGGGUCUGGCUAACCCCACCGCACUUCUGCUCUCCUCGUUGAUGAUGCUGAGACACAUGAACCUUAAUGAGUAUGCUACCAAGAUUGAGUCUGCAGCUCUCAAGACCAUUGCCGAGGGCAAGGCGAUCACUGGAGACUUGGGUGGCAAAGCAUCUACGACGGAGUACACGAACGCCAUUAUCAGCAAGCUCCGGGCUUAGAUCAAUGGUUGGGUGUUUGUUGAAAGCGGAUAAUUUAUGGCAUACAUAGAUAUACUGAUGUUGACUUCGGAUUCUCGGUAUCCAAGUAAAGCAUGUGCGAGUACUAGUGCCUAGACUGACUAGUGCCUCCUUGCGUAUCCUUGCAUUCAGGCUGUUGCCGAUUUUGAUCCCGGCGUUUGGGUUGCCUUAUGUGAGCGUAAUUGAGUAAUUAGCUGUGCUGUCUGUAGUAUUGCAAUGCCCCUGAGCCCUGUGCAGGUUGGCGUGGGAAAAGGCAAGGCAGUAUAGUGU